AUUUUAGGGAAAGCCAACAUGGAAGUCGAAUUUCAGAAAAUGAUAUUUUGGCCAUAAAAAUGUCGAAUUAGUGCAUAAAGGAUGACCACAAAUCGCACAUCGAAGCAGUAUGAAGUAGCACAAGUUGCCACCGACAUCUUGAGUGAAUUCCUUGAGGUUGCCUUCCAUUGUAUUCUAUACGCCAGGGAGAUUUAUCCAAACAGCGUGUUUGAAAGAUGUCGCAAGUACAACGUUCCUGUUCAGAUGUGUUGCCACCCUGAAGUGAAGCAGUACAUCGUGGAUGUAAUCCAGAGUCUGAAGCCCCUCAUGGAUAAACAACAACUGGACAAACUAGCCCUACUCAUCCUCAGUGUUGAUCAAUUACCAGUAGAGAAGUUUGUGUUUGACAUAUCUCCUGUGUCUAAUCCAAUGCUCAGUGAGGACACAUAUCUAUUGAGAUUAGAACAGGCAUUACGAGCCUUUCUUCUCAAGCUGAACGUCUGUGAUGCGAGCCUACAAGUCCUGCCUGAAGACUGUACCUGGGCCGUACAAGUCCACACAGAGAAUGCCGCCCUCCUUGGUAUCGACGAACAACAAAUCUUACACGAGUUUGCGUGGAUUGAAGCUGACGAAUCUCAGGUUAAAAUCAACAAUGCUAAGUUGGUCCCCCUGAAGGCCAUGACAUCACCCAUCAUGAAGAUGCAGCUUUAUAUCGAAGAGAGUGCAUCAAAGACGUGAUGCAGACAAUUGAUCUCCAUUGUGACAUCAUCAAAAUACGCUGCUGAAAUCAUCAAAAUAUGAAGUGGUCUGAAUGGUCGAGCAAUUGGGCUAUGAAGAAGACUUGUAGCCAUGUGGACUGAAUGGCUGGUUGAAUAAGCAUGGUGCUUAUUUCAGCAAGACACGGUCCCUUUGACAUUGCAUAAAACAUUUCUUCAUGAUUUUAAUGAUGUAAUGGCUAUAUAUUUUGUACAACUUACUUUGUCAUUUUAAAGAUUUUAAUACGGCAGCAAAUGUUCAAAGUGUAAUUGAUGAUUUUUCUGUGGACUUCAGGAAGAAGUUGUAAAAUAUUGCUAUGUGCAAUGGAACUGGCAGGCGAUUUGUGGCAGCCUUGAGAAAGUCGUAAUGACUACUGGGAAUGAUUUUGUGACGGCCAGUAUGCUAUGGUCACUGAUGGUGGCACAUUUCUGUCCCAAAUCUUGAUUAACGGAUGCAGCAAUGGACUUUGUUGUGGUGAGAUCAAGUGAUGGAUCAGCCAGGAAUUGUGUAAAGACAAUCCCCAAUGUCUUUUCUCAAAUGAUAUUCUACUCCCAAAAUGUACAUGUGCUACACUGCAAACCUGUGUAUAUUUUGUAAGUUUGAUAAUAUUGAGGAUUUUUACCAAGCAAAGUGUGAAAAAAUAUUGUUGUUUGUGAAGGCUUAAAAAAGAACUUCAAUUGCUUUAAGAUACAGGUUCCUUUACUGCAGUGCUUACAAACAUGUGCUGCCUAAAACGACCAUGCAUGUAGAUCACCUAUACAUGUACAUCAGUUAUAGGCUUUGACAUACUUGUACCUCAACUUUCUCUUCACAUUAUAAUACCAGAGGGAUCGAUACAAAUUUAUUGAUUAUUUUCCUUUGUAUUUCAUUGUAAAGUAGAGAGGUCCCAGGAUUUGUUUGUAGGAUUUGAAGUCUGUGCUAUCAGAAUAUUUUGUAAUACUAAAAUACACUAAAUGUA